UAAAACUGAUAGCCAGUAUUUUAUUUUUUGUAGUCAGGAGAGUAGAGAAAAAUGAAUACUAAUCUUUUGCACCAAUUUUUUUCACAAAAUAAAGCAAGUAUUUUCAGUUUUUUUAGAUUAAGGGCAUUGUUUGUGUGCUUUUAAAAAAUGUCAACAAGAAAAAGUGUUUAAACUGUCUGAAAAUGUAAAAGUACCAGGAAAACUAUUAUAAUUAAAGUCUUUCAACAAAUUUAACUAACACUUGCUAAAUAAUAGCUCCACUAGACGUGACAGCUUGCUGGACCUGAAAAACAAGACAGGCAAUGCUUGCUGUUUUGUUUGGUCAGUGACAUAAGCACUUCCUCUUUUUUCUAUUGAAAGUAUUCAGUUCUCUCUCUCUUUCAUUACUGAGAGAAAGAUAUCUUGAGAGUAGAUCUCUGAGCAACUACAUUUGAACCGAAGCACCCUGUGGAUAAUUUCCAGGUAAGGUAUGGUGGAAAUCGAUGCCUGUAGCUCUUGCUUGACAGCAUUGAGGGUGCUGCGUGUCUCUCUUGUGGAUGAACUAGAAGGACAGAUCGACUCUCUGCUGGAGGUUUUAGUGAGUCAGGAAGUGUUCACUCGGGAUGACCGGGAGGACGUCUUGUGUCAGCCAGGACCCCGGGCCAGAGUAAGAAAGGUGUUGGACAUCCUGGAGUGCAAAGGUGAAGAGGCGACAAAGAUUUUCUUCACUGUUAGGAGUCAUCAUCAGAACCCCACCUCUCAGUGUCCAUCUUCAGACUACAACAAAGUGCAGCAAAAGCACAAAGAUGUCCUCAGACGCAGGAGUGAGAGCAUGCUCUUCUACAACAGCAGACAUGGAGAGAAAGUCCUUUUUUCUGAACAUUACGUCAACCUUGUGUUAGUAGAUGGACACCAAGGUUUGGAGAAUAAAAGACAUGAGGUGCUCACCUUUGGACAGAAGAGACUGUUGCUGCAACAGAAGUCUCCUCUGCAAAAGAAAAUCACACCAUCUCAGCUGUUUUCAAGACGAACUGGAAAACGCCCAGUAAAGAAAGUACUGGUGAUGGGAGUGGCAGGGAUCGGUAAAACCGUCCUGGUGCAAAAAAUUCUUUUUGAUUUCGGUGGAAGCAACGAUUACCUUUCAUUUGACUUUGUUCUUCAUUUGAACUUUAGAGACUUGAAUUUAAUUGACAAACCUACAAGCCUUCGUGAGCUGGUCUUACGUAAAAACAGGCACCUUGUUAAAGAACUCGAUAGGAUUUUAGCUAACGACGACAAACUCCUGAUCAUUCUUGAUGGCUUUGAUGAGUUCAGACACUACAGGAGCUGCAACGCUGACGUAUUUGUGACAGAGCCAGAAGAAGAAGCAGGGGUGACGGAGAUUUUAGGGAGUUUACUACAGGGCGAGCUGCUACCCAACGCUUCUGUGAUGCUAACAAGUCGACCCACAGCCAUAAGCCAUGUCCCCGUAGGUUGCAUUGACCGCUUUGUCCUCAUUGCUGGAUUCUCCUUCACUGAAGCACAAGAUUUCUUCUUACGAUACUUUGAAGACACUGCCCUUGCUGACUGCAUGUUCUCAGUGGUAUCAGCGAACGAGCUGAUGCUGACACUGUGCUACAUACCUGCAUUUUGCAACAUUGUGUGCUGCAUACUCAAAGAGAGCAAAAUUCUUGGCGCAGAAAGCCCCAAGACCAUGACAGAUAUCUAUAUGCAGUAUCUGGUGGCCUUGCUUCACUCUCAUACCCAAGUAAGAACUGAGGCUUGUCUGAAAGACCCAAAAGCAGGAAGCAUCCAGCAGCUGUCUGAAGAUGUGCUAAAGCUGGGUCGGCUUGCCUUCCAAAGGCUCAUGGAGCAUCAAACGCUGUUCUACGGCAGUGAUCGGGAUGUUGCAGCGUUGGAGGGAUGCAGCCUCGUUAGUACCUUCCUCGACAAAACCAUUGCACAAGAGCCUGGCUGCACUGAAGAGGUUUUCUCCUUUGCCCAUCUCACCAUUCAGGAGUUCUUUGCUGCACUAUACUGUGCAGUGACAGAUCAACCGCUACCUGAUGCACUGCAGAGCAAAGCAAACCCAGCAGAACACACAAGCAAUGGAGACUUGGACCUGUUCAGCCGUUUUCUGUCAGGAGUCCUCUCCGAACGCAAUUCAAGUUUUCUUUCUAGAAAAGUGGGGCUGUGCUGCCUUAAGGAGAAAGUCGAACUUUAUCGUCAGAAAGUCAUCACCGAUCUUAAGAUGCUCUGCGAGAACGGAACCCAUAUUCUGAACAGCUUGCACUGUUUCUUUGAGCAGCAGGACCCUUCGUCUGCAUCAAAAGUAGAACCAAAUAUGCUUAGAGUUAAUGUAAGUGAUGAAACUCUCUCGCCAAUGGAUUACAACGCUAUCAAGUAUUUCCUAAACCUCACAAAAGGAAGAAUAUUCGAGCUGGAUCUAACUGGGACAGGAGUAAACGGCGACUCGCUUAGAGGUAUCCAAUCCCUUCUGCCUAGAUGUGAGAGACUUUGGCUUGGAGAUAACAACUUGGACAUGGAUGCCAUCCAGGUUAUUGCCGAUACUCUGAGAGUGUCAGACAAUAUCACUCACCUUGGACUUGGAUGGUCAAACAUCGCUGAUGAGGAACUGGAGGCUCUUUCCAAUGCCAUACGAGUGAAAAGAAGGCUUCAAGAGCUGUGGAUGGAGGGGAACCGAGUCAGCUACAAAGGCCUGUUUUCACUCAGUGACUUGACUCCAUUUCCACUGAAAAAUAUUGUAGCCAUAUGGAAUGACUUGUAUGACCCAGAGCCAGAGUCCCUGUGCAGCCAAGAGAGUAUUGCUGUGAAUUUUACAGAUGACGAAAUGUGGGACGAGUGGGGGAAAUGGGUCCUUCAGCGCUGUGAGGUCAGCAGCAAUGAAAAGUUGGUCACGGUACUGCGUAACGUUUGCAACACAUCAAUAGAUUGCGUAGAGGAUCAGCGGGCAAAGACUUUCUACAAUCAGUUAUCGCAACUCAUCAAGAAAAGGAUUGAGUGCUGCACUGAGGAUGAUUUGUGCAAGAAACUAAAAAAGUUUGAAAGUAUUUUGAACAUAUGAAAAUGUGUAGGAAAUAUAUGAAAUAUGAAAAAUAACAAAUGUAUGUAGUUUUGUUAAUGUCAAAUAUCGCUUUUUGUGUAACUUCUUAUGACUCUACACAUACAUUAGAAUAAAAUGGGAAGUAUUAAAUAAAUGAAUGAAUGAAAUAAUUAAUAUGAAGGAUGAAACAAUGCAGCACAAUAAAGAAUGGCCCGUACGGAGAUUGCAACCGCAAUCUUGGCGCUAUUAGCACCACACUCUAACCAACUGAACUAACCGGCCACGGUUUACGUCGUGAAAUCGUUAUGUAUUGAUCUUAGCU